AGAACUGACUGAAUUGUCCAAAAGUUUAGAACCUCAAAAAAAGAAUGCCACUGGAUUUGUGCCGCCAGGAAGUUCUGUUCUACCGGAAACUUCGGAUGUGUCAAAGGUUUCUGAUCAACCGCAACUGUCUGUGUCCGUUGUAGAUGCUACUGUACGGAGCCGUCUGAUUCUUAAAAUUUCUCUGAAGAGACCUUCGGUUAUCCGACAGUUCCCUCCAGGUUGUGGAAGAAAUUCUCAUUCUUUGAGCAGAGAUUAUGCAAUACAAACCAAAGAGAAAGUUCAGGAAGGUGGUGCUACCAGUGAUAAAUUCAAAGGGAAUGUUGCCAGAGAAAUUGAUGACGAAGUCAGAGUUAAAUCUGAAGAGGGUUUUAAAAUGGCUGAACAAGUUCAAGUAAGAACAACUUCUGACAUUAAAUUAAAACAGGAAGUCAAGAAGAAAAUCAGCAUUAGAUUUUCAAGGCAGGCUAAUUUGUUUCGAUUAGACCCUAAUUCUCAGUCAGUUGGUGAUAAAGCUAUUACAGGGGUUGGAAUUCUAAGUGGGGAACUUGGUAAGGAAGUGAAGCGCAGCAAGGAACAGAGUUCCAAGAGAUUGUCUGAGAUUCAAGACGAAGUAGGUGCUAUUAAUCAAUCUCAUGGAACAGAAAUUGUUAGUUUGGAGCCUUCUGAUAAGAAGAUGAUUGUGCUAGCUUUGAUGGCUGAACCAUACUGUCCAUGGAGGCAAAGGAAAAUGGAUAUAACAUCUAUACCAACAAUUGGCACGCCAAGAAACAAGGCAAAGAAGCAUGAACUCAUGGCCAUGGUACAGGACAAAACUGCAACCAUUUCCAAGAAAAAAAGAGCUGAAUCAGAAAAUACAGAAGGAAAAUCUAAAAAGAAGAAAUUGUUUCCUGCCGAAAUGGAUUCUUAUCUAGGUCUGGUUCAAUUGGUUCCAAGGGACGAGGAUGUUAUUGUGGAGCAUGCUCAAGAGGAUGUAAAUGUUCUUGUGGAUAAAAAACCACAAGAUUUUGAAGGGAGCCUUAUUCCAUUUAGUCAUCAUGUUUCAAGGGGUAAAGGAGAUGGUGCUAAAGUUACCCGGGAAAAAGUCAGGGAGACUCUACGUCUCUUCCAAGUGAUUUUUCGGAAGUUCUUACAGGGAGAGGAAGCACAUUCAAAAGGUCAAGGAAACACUAUCAAGCGGAUAGAUCUACAUGCUUCAAAUAUUCUCAAGAAGGCAAACAAAUGGGUUAACACAGAGAAAUUCAUAGGUCCUGUCCCUGGGGUCGAAGUUGGUGAUGAAUUUCAUUAUAGGGUUGAGCUUGCUAUUGUUGGUAUUCAUGGACCGUUUCAGAGUGGUAUAGAAUCCAUGGAGAAAGAUGGAAAAGUUCUGGCCACAAGUGUUAUAGCCUCCGGUGGUUACCCUGAUGACAUGGACAAUUCUGAUGUAUUGAUUUAUUCUGGUCAAGGAGGAAGGCCAAUGGGUGGGAAGAAGCAAAAGCAAGCUGAAGAUCAAAAGCUUACGCGAGGAAACCUUGGACUGAAGAACAGUAUGGAUGCAGAAACUGUUGUGAGGGUCACCCGUGGAUUUAAGGACAUAAGUAGCUCUGAUUCUGCGGAUUCAAAGGGUAAGAUAACAAUGACAUAUACCUAUGACGGGCUUUACUUAGUGGAGGAUUAUUGGACAGAAUCAAGCUGUUAUGGUACUUCUAUCUUUAAAUUUAAGUUGAGAAGAAUUCCUGGCCAGCCAGAGCUUGCUUGGAAAGAGUUGAAGAAGUCAAGAAAAUCCAAAGUUAGAGAGGGUCUCUGUGUGGUAGAUAUUUCUCAAGGGAAAGAGAAGAUGCUCAUUGGAGCUGUGAACACCAUUGAUGAUGAGAAGCCUCAGCCAUUCACAUACAUUACUAAGAUGAUAUAUCCUGACUGGUACAAUCCUAUUUCUCCCAAGGGAUGUGAUUGCACCAAUGGUUGCUUGGAUUCCAAGAUAUGUUCCUGUGCGGCCAAGAAUGGAGGGGAGAUCCGAUUCAACCACAAUGGGGCCAUUGUGGAAGCGAAGCCUCUUGUUUAUGAGUGUGGUCCUUCUUGCAGGUGCCCUCCUUCUUGCUAUAACAGAGUCAGCCAACAUGGAAUCAAAUUUCAGCUGGAGAUUUUCAAGACUGAAUCGAGGGGCUGGGGUGUCAGAUCCUUGACAUCCAUCCCAUCCGGAAGUUUUGUAUGCGAGUAUACAGGAGAACUGCUUCAGGAUCAGGAGGCUGAGAAAAGAACUGGUAAUGAUGAGUAUCUAUUUGACAUUGGAAAUAACUAUAAUGAUCAUACUCUAUGGGAGGGACUUCCGAAUGUAAUACCAGACCUGCAGCCAAGUUUUCCUUGUGAAGUUGUUGAGGAUGCGGGCUACACCAUCGAUGCAGCUCAGUAUGGGAGUGUUGGAAGAUUCAUCAACCAUAGUUGUUCUCCCAACCUUUAUGCACAAAAUGUUCUUUAUGAUCAUGAUGACAAGAGAAUGCCCCACAUAAUGCUCUUUGCUGCUGAAAACAUUCCUCCCUUGAAGGAGCUGACUUAUCAUUACAAUUAUACAAUAGGUCAAGUUUAUGAUGCUGAAGGCAAUGUGAAGGAGAAGAGAUGUUACUGUGGUUCUGCUGAGUGCAGUGGGAGGCUUUAUUGAGCAUUUUGCAUCCUUGUCUUUCUUUCACUGUGUAAGUUUUUAUAUGCAUCUAUUACUUGGUUGUAAAUAAUUUCUUGCACUGUAAAUUUUACACCAUGGGUUUUGCUUCUUAGAAAUAUGAUACUCUAGUGUUUCCAAUAUGCUAGUCGCAGGUGCAGACUGGUCUCAGAGGGACCAUUCGUCAUGGUUGAUGAAAGAUUUCCAUCUUUUGUGAUAUUUUGGAUUCUAUUAUUGGCUCGAGCACCUCCUUUUAUAUA